AUGAAGUUUCAAAUUGCACUUCUCGCUUUGCUCUCUCUUGUCCACUCGCUCCCAUCCGCCGAGCCCGAAGCAGAGGCCGAUUUGAAAGCCGCGGGAAAAUUCGAUAUCACCGAGCGUGAAGCCUCACUCGAAAGCUUCUUCGAGAAGCGGGCCUGCGCAUAUACCUGCACGGGCAUGACGGGAGCUUCGGCCGGCAAAUACUGCGGCUUCUGUAAACAAGUCUUAGCUCCUGCUAAUGUCAAUAACAUCUACCAGGUCAGCGGUAGUUCGGGUGCUAAGAAUUGCUGCGAUUACGGUUUAAACAGUGGCUGUAAGAAGCACUAUGCUACAACAACCGGAGGUGCCAAUCGAAAUUGCAAGAACACUGCUAACGGCUGGUGA